GUCAUUUUCAUGCGCCGCAUUCACAGCUCAUGUAAACAUCUCCCCCAGGUGUGAGCUUUCUUCGGCUUUCCUGUCCAGAAUGGUGGUGUGUAACUUUUUCCUCCAGGGUCGGUGUCGUUAUGGGGAGAAAUGCUGGAAUGAGCACCCGAGGGGAGGAAACAGAGGAAGCGGAGGAGGUUAUAAUGAGAGUUAUAACCGCUCCUCUGGUCAACAGCAGUUCAGAGGAGAAAGUGGAGGCUUCAGAAACAGAGUUUGGGUGAACCCUUCCCAGCAAAGAGGCAACUACAUCCAGCCUUCGGCCUUCUCGUCGCAGGAGCGGAGCGACUGGGGUUCGGGAGGAGGAGGAGGAGGAGGCCGUGGUGGAGGCGGGAGACGAGAGAACGUGAAGAGCUCCGAAUUCGCAUUCUCAACUCAGAACCGAUUCUCGGGACUCGGCUCAUCGAAUUCGUUUGAGAGGGGAGGACGCGGAGGAGGGACACCUGGGGAUGAAGAUGAUGAUAAAAAACUGGAGAUAAUUCAGAUGGACAUGGAUGUCUGGGAGAGUUCAGGACAGUGGGGAUUCUCCUGUUACUCUUGCUCCAAAGCAUCCAUAUCAGGAUUUAGUGAUUUAUCUCCAGAGGAGCUCAGGCUGGAGUACUACUCCACACGAGCAUCAGGAGAUCUGCAGAGCUACUUACGCGGCGUCAAUCAGUUGCUCAGUAACUGGAAAAGUCGAGUUCAGGAGCUGAAGAUCAUGAGUCCGGCCACACGAGUAGCCUUGCUCGCAGAGUUAAACGGAACAGCGCCUCCGUCAGCUACAGGUGGCUUCGGUUCUACGACAGCAAAGACGUUUGGUUUCCCCUCAUCAAGCUUCGGAAGCGAAGGCUUCGGUGCUCCUGCUCCCGCUCCAGCCCAGGCCAGCAGCUUCAGCUUUGCUGCUCCAUCAUCCUCCUCAUCUCCUUCAGCUGGUUUUGGUAGCGCUUUAGCAGCUCCGACACAACCUCCGUCCAGCUUUGGAUCGUCCUCAGCGCUCUCGGCUUCCACCUUUUCCUUCGCCGCUCCAAACGCCGACAAGCCUGCCGCCUCUUCGGGAUUCGGCUCGGCCUCGGCGUUCAGCUUCUCAUCCACGGCAAACACCGGCGGAGGGUUCGGGACUGGUUUCGGCACCGGAGCUCCCGGAACAGCAGGCGGCAGCAGUGUUUUGGGGCAAACUGGAUUCGGGACAGCGAGUUCUACACCUUCAGCUGUAGCCGGGUCUGUGGGGGGGCCGUCGGACAGUCUGUUUUCAACCGAGAGCAAACUUACCGAAGAAGAACUGAAUCAGUUUAAGGCUAAAAGAUUCACUUUAGGCCAAAUUCCAUUAAAGCCUCCGCCAGCUAAUAUGCUGGUGUUAUGAUACAGUGGGAAAGAUUUGUGAGCUUUAUUUUUCUGCAGUGUGUUUCAUCUUGCCAGUGACAUUUUCAACUAAAACUAUGAUCAAUUUCAAAACAGUACUGGAAGUGCAAAAAAAUCUGCUUUGUUGUAGUUUAAAAUGUUAUAGAAGCAACAGAUAUAUAUUAUGUUCAAUUGUUUAAAUCACAGAACACAUUUUAAAAGCUAUAUUUUGUUACAUAAAUACUGUUUUUGUUAUGAUUUAGCUUAUCCAAACAAGUAAUUAAAAGCAGCCAGCCUGCAUCAUUUGUUUAAAAAUAGAGCUGCAGUUGUAGUCUUUAGCCAGCAGAGGGUGCUGUAAUACCCUAUGUCUAGACAAUUGCUCAACCUUUAAAGCUCAUGUAAAUAAUAAUAAAAUGCGACUGAGGUUUUGUCAUCCCAGUAUUCUUCACAUAUUCAUGCUUGUAAGAAAUUAUCCAAUAAACGCAGCAAACCUGCUUUGAA